GAAUUGAUCAGACACUUAUCAGAAACAAUUUAAGUUCAUUAGGUUAAAACACGCGCACAAGAACCCUAGGCCGUCCAAACCCCUUCUUUCUUCCAUUCUCAUGGAGGAAGAAGAGCGGCUUCCCCUCUUCCCCAUCUAAAAAUCCAACCUUUCCAAUGGCUCCAGUCAAAUCCCGCUCCUAGCCAAGAGAAUGCUCCUUCCCGCCCGCCACCUCUCCGUUGUUAGCUUCUUUCUCACCCGUGUUCGUUGCCUAGUCACUCAAUCGUAUUUAGCUGAAGACCAUAGAAUCCUUGCCGCACUAGCCACCUCCGGUCAUUGGGAAGACCCUCGCCUUUUGUCCAUAUUCUCCUCCUCCCUCGCUCAUGUCAAGGUCUCCAGAGUUCUUAUCGAGCUCAAGGAAGACCCGCGCUUGGCUUUCAGAUUUUUCAUUUGGGCUUCGAAGCGACCGGGAUUCCUCCACUCUGCUGAAUCUUUCUGCGUCACUGCCCAUAUACUCUUCAGCGGAAGAUUGUACUCCGAAGCUCAGCAGGUUCUUCAAGACUUUGUCAGUUCGACUAGCAUGUUAGCAGAAUCUGUGAGUGUAGUUGAGGUACUUCUGGUGGCCGGAAGGAAGUUUGGCGAUCCUGGAUGCGCUUUUAAUCCCGGGCUAUUUGAUACACUUUUUGGCGUGUUAACUAAUAUGGGACUUUUGGAGGAGGCCUACGAGUGCUUUUAUAGGAUGUGGAACAUCCGAGUUUUUCCCAAGUUGAGAUCUUGCAACAAUUUGCUGGAGAGGCUUACGAAAGUAGGCAAGGGGGAAUUGUCAAAGAAGUUUUUUGAUGAUUUGUUCUCUGCUGAUUUCAUUGUUAGCAUAUUUACUUAUAAUAUCAUGAUUGAUUUCUUGUGCAAGGAAGGAGAUAUGAGCGGUGCGAAAGAGCUGCUGUUUAGGAUGAAAGAGAGGGGUUGCUGUCCUGAUGUGGUGACUUUUAAUUCAUUGAUUGAUGGGUAUGGAAAAUGUGGGGAACUUGAAGAGGCUGCAUCACUCCUUGUAGAUAUGAAGGUUAAUGGUUGCAGUCCUGACUUGAUCACCUACAAUUCAAUCAUUAAUUGUUUUUGCAAGUUUGGGAGGCUACAUGGUGCUUUUGCAUACCUCAAUGAGAUGAAGAGGAAUGGGUUGAGGCCCAAUGUUGUUACUUACAGUACUUUCAUUGAUACUUUCUGUAAGGAACAUAUGAUGCAGGAGGCAGCCAAAUUUUUUGUUGACAUGAAGAUGAGAGGACUUAGACCAAAUGAGUUUACAUAUACAUGCCUUAUUGACGGGAAUUGUAAAACCGGAAACCUUAAGGAAGCACAGAUUUUACUAGAUGAAAUGUUGCAGGAUGGUGUAAAGUUAAAUGUUGUUACUUAUACCGUUUUAGUGGACGGGCUAUGUAAAGAUGGGAAGCUCAAGGAGGCUGAAGAAGUUUUCCAGAGAUUGGUGAAGUCUGGAGUGUCUAUGAACCAACUACCAUACACAGCUCUUAUCCAUGCUCAUUUCAAGAACAAAAACAUGCAGAGAGCAGUGAAUCUGAUGAUUGAAAUGAGAGAAAAAGGCUACAAACCUGAUAUAUCAGCAUAUGGCACUGCCAUCUGGGGCCGCUGCACUGAAGGAAAUUUCAGCGAUGUCAAGGCCCUUCUCGAUGAGAUGGAUAACUGUGGAUUAAAACCCAAUAGUGUGAUCUAUACUACUCUUAUGGACGCUAAUUUUAAGGCAGGAAAUAACUCAGAGGCUCUUAGUUUUCUUCACAAGAUGCAAGAGUUGGGCAUCACCCCGACUAAUGUCACAUAUGGUGCCUUAGUAGAUGGGUUAUGCAAGCAAGAGUUAAUUCAUGAAGCUUUCUAUCAUUUUAACAAAAUGAGAGACAUGGGUUUGCAGCCUAAUGUAUUAACUUACACAUCUCUCAUUGAUGGAUUUUGUAAAAGUGAAUGCUUAGAAGAAGCAACUAAGCUCUUUGAAGAAAUGGUUCUCAAUGGAAUGGAUCCAGAUAAAGUUGCUUACACAGCUCUGAUGCAUGGUUAUUUGAAGAGAGGGAACCUACAGGAAGCUUUUGUCUUGAGAGACAAAAUGCUAGCAAGUGGUUUUGAGCUUGAUUUGCAUGCCUACACUUCUUUGAUAUGGGGCUUAUGUAAUCACCAAAAAAUGCAUGAGGCAAGGAACCUGCUUUCCGAUAUGAUCGCUUGUGGAGUUAAACCGGAUGAGGAUGUUUACAAUUGUUUGAUAAGGAAGUACAAUCAAUUAGGUGAUGUGGCUGAGGUGUUGGAACUACAGAAUGACAUGAGAAGGAUGGGCAUAAUCCCCAGAUCCAGUGAUGAUGCUGCACCAUCUGAUCGAGUAUAGCUCAGUUAAAUUUCUAUAGAAUGUGGAUAUCUAACUUACUGUUAUUGUGCCAUUUGAAAAGAUACGUCAGUAGGGAUAUUGAUGUAAUGGCUCUGAUUGGUGAAAUUGUUAAAUAAUGGUGGAAUCAGAGGGCUUCAAGUUAUUAAUGAUGCUUGCCACCUUUACAUUAGGUUUUUGAUGGCUGCUCACAAAUUUGCUUCCUGUAUUGUUGCUUGAAGCUGGUUGAUUCUUCUGAAGGAUACAAGUGAUGGACGAAAUAAGCCCCGCAUUCGGGAUCCGCAUCAUUGUGUUGCAUGCGGAAAGAAGAAGAGAAGAGUGGAGGAGCGAGGCCUUGCGUGCGUGCGUGUGUGCAAGCCGAACUUACGUUCAGAGGAAGGAAAGACCGCGAAAAGGGAAGCUCGUGCAUGCGGGAAGGGGGAGCUUAAGCGCUGGUUAGGAUAAUCGGGUGAUUAGUAAGGAAUCAUCUUGUGCAGCUGUCCCUAAACAGCAACGCUUUGUUCAAAGUUUGCAAAGCUUGAUUUUGAAUCUCUUCCCACAAAAUUCAAAUUCUGUGGUUUUUCCUCACAUACAGAAUUAGCAAUUUUCUUAUCCAUAAUAUAGUUUCCAGAAUCAUGAAAGGAAGAUUCGAAGCAAAUUUGCCAAUCAGCUCUGAAAUACACGUUUCCAUUAAUUACUUCAUGUAAUCAGCCUGAAAUUUCAGUCGAGAGCUACAGAUUGCUUAGACGGAAGAUAUCUUCACCCAAUUCUUUUGCAUGUACCUAUCUCACACCAAAACUUUGAUUUUUACAAACACAGCAAUUUACUUAUGCAGGAAAAUGUGGAUUUUACUGAUCCACACUGUUGAAUAGUAUAGAUUGAGUGCUGUGUUUGUAAAAAUGAAAAUUUUGGUGUAAGAUACGUAAAUGAAUAAGAAUUGGGUGCUGUUUAUGUAAAUUCUCUUGUUUUUUGACAUGAAGCAGAGAUCUUCCAGAUUGAGUUUUCAUGCGAACAGCAGGCUUUCUAGUCAUGUGGUUUUAUCACUAGAACAAUUUUGCUAGUCCAUUUUCAUUCAUGUAUGGGAGUUUUGUAUUCUUUAUGUUCCUUUUUUUAUUUGUUUGUAAUAAUUUAGUGGCCCAUAAAAUUAUACGUCUCUUGGAUUCAAACAGAAAUAUUAUAUCAAGACAAUGGAAAGGAGACUUAGGUUUCUUUUGUGGUAGUUUAUCCGCUGCGGCAGCGUUUUGAAAAC